AUGUCUCAGGGGGUGACUUACGCUGACCUGAGAUUUGUGAAGGUCCCUCGAAGGGAGAGCCAGGAGGAAGGUAGAGGCGCAGCCAGCCCAGAUCUCCCCCCCAGCUCCCCCCACCCCAUGUCACCACCUGUUCCUCACACCACCUUGUCUUCCAGAGCCAAAUGAUGGGGAGCUCACCUAUGAGAACAUCCAGGGGCCCAGGACCAGGGGGCAGGAGGAGGAAGAGGAGGAGGAGACCUCCAGGGAACUGGAAGAUGCAAGAGGUGAGUCUCUGGUACCCUCCCCACUAGGGGGAUGCUGCCAGAGAAGGAAGGAGGGGAGGGAAGGGGGGGGACUCUGGAGAUGCUUGUUCUCCUCCACCAAAUGGAGGCUCCUCACCAGUGCUGGAUUAAACCCUCUGGAGGCCCCCAGGCAGUCAAAACCUCGGGGGGGAGGGCCUCACAAAUCAUGUCCUAAUACUUUUCUUAUUUUACCAACCAACCAUUUUAACAUUUUAACAUUUAUUAUCUUGCCAUGGGCUCCCUAAAAAGCAUGGGGGCCAUAGGAUGGUGUCUAUCUACGCUGCCUACUUAGUGAUUUAUUAUUAUUAUUAUUAUUUGCUUUUCUGUUUUAUCAUAUCAUCAAUGCAUAAUAUGUUAAAGUCAGACCCAUAAUAGUAAGGGGGGGGAAAAUAAUAAUAAUGUAAAUAAUAAUAGAUUCAGGUAGGUAGCCGUGUUGGUCUGAUGCAGUUGAAAUAAAAAUAACCUGAAGAAGUGUGCAUGCACAUGAAAAGCUUACACCAGAACAAGCUUAGUUGGUCUAUAAGGUCUCCUGGACAAUUUUCUAUUUGUAAAUAAUAUAUUAUAAUUUGUUAAUAAUGAUAACAACAUAACUUAUCCCUCCAGUUUAUAAACCUUAAUUUUAACUCCCUGUCCACUCUUUCUCUGGUCUCCUUUCUGUUGUCUUCUUGACUGCGUUUUCUUCUACUACUAAAUUAUUUCCAUUGCCUUACAGUCCCACUUUGUCACAUCCAUUGCUGAGCAUUCUUUUUUCAGUCUGUUACACUUAUUUUCUUGUUAAAAUGUUUUUCCAUGUAUUCUAUAUAUAAUGUCCAGUUUCCUUAUAAAUUCAUAGGGUCUUUACUUCUUAAUCUGUCAUGCUGGCAAGUUCUAUAUAUUCUUCUCUUGAUGGUCCUGCAUCUGUUCUCCACUUUCGUGCUGCCAGAAUUUGGGCAGCUGUAGUCACAUCCAUAGAGUAGCUUGAUUUGGGGGGGGGGGAUUUAUAUUGUUAUUCCACUGAGUGCUCACUGGAAGGACAGAUCCUGAAGCUGAGGCUCCAAGACUUUGGCCACCUCAGGAGAAGAGAAGACUCCCUGGAAAAGACCCUGAUGUUGGGAAAGAUGGAGGGCACAAGGAGAAGGGGACGACAGAGGACGAGAUGGCGGGACAGUGUUCUCGAAGCCACAAACAUGAGUUUGACCAAACUGCGGGAGGCAGUGGAAGACAGGAGUGCCUGGCGUGCUAGAGGGGUCCAGGGGGGCACAAAGAGGCGGACACGACUGAACGGCUAAACAACCAUAUUGUUAUUAUUCCCAGAAGGAAAGCUUCUGGAUUUUUAGGAAAAGUUCUUUUAAACAUUUUCUUAAAUUCGUUACAAACCACCUCCCAUAAUUAUGUUAUUAUUCUACAAGACCACCAUGAGUGAUAAAAUGUGCCAAUUGUUUCUUUACAUUUCUAGCAUAGGCCACUUUUAGUUCUAAACAUUUUAGCUUGUUUACUUGGCAUCAAGUACCACCUGUGGAUCAUUUUUAAACAGUUUAAACUAGCAGUUUAAAUUUAAAUUUAUUUUCUACAAAUGUUCCCACAGGUUCAGAUCAGUAUUGUGACCCAUAUCUUGUACCCAUUUGAACAUAGAUGAUUUCACAAAUUUUUAUUUAGUUUCCCAAUCUAAUAAUAUCCUAUAUAUUUGAGGAAAAUUUUUAAACUCUAGAUCUUAAUAUUUCUUUUUCGAAUUGUGAUGGUUUUUCUGCAAAUCCCCAUUUUUUAUUCACCUUACAUUUUUAAGUGAUUUGAUGAUAGUUUAGCUAGUCUGAAACAAAUUCUUUAAUCUCUUCAUUUUUUCUUCUCCUGAAAAGUAUAACAAAUCAUUAUAGGUACCCCAGUUACCACUCAUAUUAUUAUAUUUCCUUGCCUCAGCUUCUAUUGGGGAUAACCACCUCGGCGUUUUGUUUUCUAUUUUAUUUUAUUGUAUUUUCCCCACACCCUAAUUAAGUUUUUUCUAAUAACUUUGUUGGCAAAGCUUUUACGUAUUCCUUCUUUGCCAUACCAGAUACAAACAUGCCAGCCAUGUUUGACAUCAGGACCCUCCAAAUCUAGCAGCUGUGUCUUUUCCAGCAGUAUCCAGUCUUUUAUCCGACACAGGCAGGCAGCUUCAAAAUACAAUUCCAAAUCUGGGAGUGCGAAACUUCAGCUUUAAAAGUAGGGGCCACAUUUUAUUCCACAUGUUGCGGGGGGGGGGGGAGCAGGUUGUUUCAGGAUGAUGACUGGUUUUAUGCAAUAUUGUGCUAUUCUGAAGUUCCCUGCUUUACAGAACUCUUCUACGUAAACAAGUGAGCAAAGGUUGCCACUGAUUUGCAGGUGACAUUUAGGUUUGCACAGAUUACGGGACUCUGACACCCAACUGCAGCAAAUCCAUUUUUUAAAAGGAUCAGACUUUAAAAGGGAAAGAAAUCCUGUACAACCUGCAAGAAUCUGAGUUUUCUUGGUUUGGAAAGUGAUGGGGAAACGGAUUCAAAAGUGUGGGGUGGUGAACAAAUGACUAAGGGCAAGCAGUCACAAACAAUGCAGAACAAAUGCUUUCCCUCUACCUAAAUGCUGAAUAAAUACCGUAUUUUUCGCUCCAUAGGACGCACUUUUUCCCCUCCAAAAAUGAAGGGGAAAUGUGUGUGCGUCCUAUGGAGCGAAUGCAGGCUUUCGCUGAAGCCUGGAGAGCGAGAGGCAUCGGUGCGCACCGACCCCUCUCGCUCUCCAGGCUUCAGGAAGCUAUCCGCAAGCCUUGCAAGCCCGGUGGGAGUUCCCGCGGGCUCACAAGGCUUGCAGGCAGCAGCCUGCAGCCCCGGCGAGUGUCCGCAAGCCUUGCGCGCCGGGCAGGAGGUCCCGCCGAGCGCGCGAGGCUUGGGGCGGCAGCCGCGGCGGGGGGGGGGAUAAUUUUUUUUAUUCAUUUCCCCCCCCCCAAAAAAACGAGGUGCGUCCUAUGGGCCGGUGCACCCUAUAGAACGAAAAAUACGGUAAGUCCACCUAAGUUUGGCGCGUAAAUACUCAACCAACAGACUGCCUGAAGUCGCCCAAGCCAGUUUCCCUUUCCCCCAAGGGCCACUUUGCUUAGCAAAUCAGCACGUCUUGAGACCACUGACAUUUAAGAUGCAAAGUCUGCAUUUUAUUUUCCUUAUUUACUGUAAGUGGAACUUUUUUUAUCAAACAAAUAUGACUCAUUCUGGUGUUUUGCAGAAGUAAGAAAGCGGCAUAGAUAAGAAAGGUUCUCCAUUUAUCUGAGAAACUUAAAAUACAAGUUCAAGAUGAUGAAAGGGCUAUUUAUCUCAAUAGAUUUCUGACCUGCCUUGUCUUCUGGACAGAUAACACCAUUGAAAACCCAUCUGCCCAGCUGGUUUUGUUGGCUCAAAAAAUGAAUAAUAAGCCAAGCAAUAAUAUUCCACAUGCAUGUGACUUUCAGCAUUCAGAGUUUCGCUUACAAGGACCUUGUAAAGUAAGGCAGUCUGAGUAUUGUGCCAGGUAUCUAACCACCAUUAAAUCCACAGGCCCCAGGCUGAAGUCCUCCUUGCAGCCCUUUGUCCUCCACAUCCAGUGACAGCAUUACCAUCCAUCAAGGAUCCUUCAGAGUCCAGAGUCCUGCUCUUCUGGUCGUUCCACCAGCACAAGCCUUUCUGCUUGCCAGACUGAACAACUCUCCCCGCUCUCCUCCCUUUGCAUGUUGUCCUGGGGUUCUCCUGACCACCCAGAGCUGAUUUGGGGAGCCCAGGGAGAGGCGGGGGGGGAUCCCAAUACAGUCACUGGAACCCUUGUGCCUCAGUGUCAGGUUCAUGGGAUCCGGGCCUUUAUCUUUCCCUCUCCCUUUUCUUCCAACAUUCAGUCUGCACCACCAAGUCUUCUCGCUUCUCCUCCCUAGGCAAUGUGAAGACAGCCGAGGAGAUGGAGGGGAAAGACUGGAGUUAUCAUCAUGGAUGCUUGAGAGGUGGGGAUCGCUGCCUUUUAGGGGGAGAGCUGUAUUCUGAGACUAAUCAUUUUCCUACUUGGGAUCUAGAUUCCAGACAUCUUCCAUACAAGCAAGAAUCAGAGUGUUUUGGAGCACAGAGUGUUUGGGAACCCAGCCCAGCAUUGUCUCCACGGGCUGGCAGCAGCCCUCCACGGUUUCAGACUGGGGCCUCUCCCAUCCCUCCCUGGAGAUGCCACAAGGGACUGAUCCUGGCACCUUCUGCAUGCAGGGUAGCUGUCCUGCCACUGAGCUAAUUCUCUUCCCAGUUCCCAGUUUUACUAGAGAACAAUGACUGGAUGGGCCAAACUCCCCAGAGGAUGAGGCUUGGCUGCUCACUCCUCGGCAACUAUUCAUUCAACAUUUUCAGGAAGGCCUUCACAGGGAGGGGCAUUGAAGGCAGGAUCCAUCCCUGCACGAGUGCACCUUCUUGCCUCUUCCCCAUGCACAGCACAGACACACAGUCCUGAACAUGCCUCGGAGCGCCAGCUCUUACAGGGACCAGGGGCAAGUGGCCAUUUCCCAACUGCAACCGGGCAGCUUUGGGGCUAAAAGCAGUCAGUCAGAGCCCCCAGCUGAUCCCAGUGAGUUUCUCUUGCAGAGCCAGACCGUCGGACCUGGUACGCCAUCCUGGCCUUGUUGGCCACCUGCCUCUUUCUUCUCGCCACCGCCAUAGGACUGGGGGUCCGAUGUGAGUAGCGGGUGCCCCCUGCCCAAAUCCAUCACCCUGGGAAAAGCCAAUCAAUUGGGGGGGAGGGAUCACAGUUGGCUCACAGCUUGCCCUCUCUGCCCUGGGCUCUGGGCAUGAAAAGGUGCAUUUGAAUAAUGUCGCUCAUGAGGCCCACCUUGCAGGGGUGUGGUCCCCUGGGAAAAAGCCUUCAAGGGAGACCAGCUGCUUUGGCUGCUCUUGGUGGGGAAGAGCCCAGCCUGGUGUCCCUCCCCCCUUCUCCUCUGCAGAUGGGCAAGUCUCCCAGCAGCUCCAGCGGGAAUCCCAAAACCAUGUGGCGCAGAGCAGCCUCCUGGCCCAGAGACUCGGCACCUUGGAGGAGAGCCUGUCCGUUUCUCAGAAGCUGCUCCGCGAGGCUGAAAGAGAUCUCCGUCUCACCCGGAGGGCCCUGGAGGAGAGCUGGAGGGAUGCGAACAGGACACAGCGGCAGCUGGGAGACCAAGUGAGGCAAGCAGACCGCAACCUGACGCAUCUGAAGCAGGAGAAGGAGCAAGUCGAGAGAGCGCUGGGCGAAGCCACCUCUUGCCAGCAGAUGGGUAGGUCUGUGGUGUGGGAAUGUUCAGGGAGGCAGGAGAGGAUAUAUUGUUUGUUAAUAUCCUUCCUUACUUGCACUAGCAAGUUCCUUUACUUGGCAGAGUUUUACAUUCCCCCUUUAAACGCACAGCAGGUAGCUGGUUGCAGGCUUGUGUAAGCCUCUCACUGUUAGGUUCCUGGUAAGUUCCCUUAGAUCCCUCUUAAAAGAAUAAACACGCCAUAAACACGUAUAUAUAAGAAGUUUACUCACCUUAUCAGUUCACAGAUGGAUCCCUGAAGGCAGACUUAGUUACAAAUAUAUACAUGUGAGUCUAUCCCAUAUGGGGAUAAUCCCACUGUCCUCUGUCGGCUGAAAGCCAACAGGACAUUUCUAGCUAAAAAGCUGCUCCAACAAUGGAGGAAGUCAGAGAGAGAGAGAGAGAGAGAGAGAGAGAGAGAGAGAGAGAGCGCUGCGUGCCUUGUCCUUUUGUUACCUGGUCAGGUAAGGUCACGCCCAUCUCUAGUCACUUCCAAAAGGAAGCAUGUCUCAGCCAGGAGGAAACAGGAAGUUCCGACUGUCUGGACCAAACAUCCCCUUGCAUGUCCACUCUAGGAAAACGAGGAAUGUUGUACUUGACUGCUAUCUAUGUAUCACAUCCCGCAUGGGGGGCUGGGGGAGCCCUGACCCUGUUCAUUGCUUAGACAGAUGAGCAUUUAUUUCAGGGGUGUGGCCUGUUGAUGGGCUGGGAGGGGGCUCUGUUGGUGCCACUCUAUGGCAACUGUGCCACAACCUCAGGCCCCAUCUCUGCGCUCCGUGUGAUCCACUCACCACAUCCCAGGAACAUACAAAAUGAAACUGAAACUCUCGCACAGCCUCUGGGGUGCAUCUCCCAGGUCACAUGUUGCUUUUUGUGCCCAGCAGCCACCAUGCACCACCAAUCAUCACUCGUUCUCUAUACCAGGCACGUCCAGCUCUAUAGAGACUGCAAUCUACUCCCAGUAUAAUAAAACUGGCAGUGAUCUGCCCAUUGGCAUUGCUCAUAGUUGUUGAGCUUUUUCAGGGGGACAAACCAGAGUGGGCAUUAGUUGUUGAAAUUUUUGGGGGAAGGAUUGAAUUAAAACACUUGUCCUAUAGUCCGCUGCCCUCCCUCAUUCCCCGCACUCUGCUGAGGGGAGGGAAUACAACAUUUCUAAGCAGCAUCAGAAGCAACGAUGGGAUGUAGCGGCAGGGGCGGGGCACGUCGCGAGCGCUAAGGAGCAACAGGGGGUCACUUUCUUGGCUCCUGCAAUCAACCUGGAACACUCCGGCAAUCUACCUGUCUAUUGCAGUCAACCGGUUGGACAUUGCUGCUCUAUAAUAUCGCAUGAACUGGACCUAGCACAGAUUCUCUUCUGCAAAGCAACAAAUAAGAUUUGUUGCUGAAGAGCGCCAAAUCGGAAUCUGCCAGGAUGCUAAUAAUAAUAUUAAUAACAACAACAACAAUAAAAUAUUUAUACCCCACCCACUCUGGGUGGCUCCCAACAGAAUAAUAAUAAUAAUAAUAAUAAUAAGCAGCGAUAAAACAUCAAACAUUUAAAAAAUCCCUAAACAAGGCUGCCUUCAGAUGUCUUCUAAAAGUCAGAUAGUUGUUUAUUAUGAAUCUCACCCCCCAAAUGGUGAUACCCUGGACUCUCAGCAGAUUGGCAGGACAAGUCGUGUGUCCCACCAGGGCUUGGCUGCCAGCCUGAGGCCACCUGCCAGUCCCAGCCGCUCAGAAGCUGAAAGCUGCUCCCUUGACCUUCUCUCCCCCAGGCUGCUGUCCCCAUGGAUGGGAGCUCUUCAGGUGGAAAUGCCUGUGGGUUUCACCUCCGUCAGAAAGGAAGAGCUGGAGAAAGAGCAAAGAAGACUGCCAAGCCAGAUCGUCUCAGCUGCUUAUUUUAAAGCCCUGGAGCGCAAGGGAAUUAUGGGAUGGUGUAAUAGCAAGGGAUGAGGAGGUAAUAACUGUAGGGUACAAGCAGCUCCAACAUAAUGCAAGGGGGUGGAGGGUGAGGAGGGGACGUCGAGUCCAGAGUCAAGCCUUACUGGCCAGUAAGAGAAACCCAGAAGCAGGUUAUUCUCCAGUUCCACCCAAAAUGAAACCCAUUGAUUUCACACUGCUGGGGACCCAAACCAUAGAAGGGGAAGUCAAAAUCACACAAGUGGAAGCAAUGAGAACGCAGGGAGCGAGCGAUGUGCAGUGUGGCCCGGUUCACACACGGCUGUGAGCAAUGGUUCCUGGCUUGCUGUGAACAAACAGUUGCUUCUGAACCAAGACAGGUAUGUUUCACCUGCCGUGAAGAAACCCAUAUCAGCUGGCAGAUGGAGACCCCGAAUCAGACAUUGCGCUCAGCUUGGCUUCCUCUCCUGUUGCUCCUCCAAGGGAGCGAUGAAAGAGGAAUGAUCCGGCCUGCUGCUCAUUCAUGGUCAGCCAUUACCCACAACUUGCUCUGAUGAUGGGCAAAGUCGACCAGGGGGAUCUCCUAGGGAUAGGCCAGCCCCCCCGCCACCUGCAGAGCAUAUCCAGGGGCCCACGAGAAAGGAUAUUCAGCACUAGGGGUGGGGAACCCGUUUGGCUGACCUCACCUGACCUCACAAUGUCCCUGCAAGGCACUGCUAAGCAAAGGUUUCCUCCUCCGUUUUAGCCAGCCUUUUAGUGAAAACCCAUCCCUGAAUCAGGAAGGACCUUGAAUGUAAACCUGCCAAAGUGAGCAGGGUUUAAGCCACACUUGAGGAAAGAGGCAUUUUGGCUGAUAGGAAGAAAGGAAGGGGAAGGCGAAGCCUCAGAGACUAGAAAAUGAAACAGAAGCAGGACAAAUGCAGUCAAGGGGAGCAGAAACAGCAGCUCCUUAGGACCCCAGGGAUAAUAAUAAUAAUAAUAAUAAUAAUAAUAAUAAUAAUAAUAAUAUAUUUUAUACCCCCACCCAUCUGGCUGGGUUUCCCCAGCCACUCUGGGUGGCUUUCAACAGAGCAAUAAAAACAGAAUAAAACUUCAAACAUUAAAAACUUCCCUAAACAGGGCUUCCUUCAGAUGUCUUCUAAAAGUCUGGUAGUUGUUGUUCUCUUUGACAUCUGGUGGGAGGGCGUUCCACAGGGUGGGUGCCACUACUGAGAAGGCCCUCUGCCUGGUUCCCUGUAACUUGGCUUUUCGCAGUGAGGGAACCGCCAGAAGGCCCUUGGAUCUGGACCUCAGUGUCCGGGCAGAACAAUGGGGGUGGAGACGCUCCUUCAGGGAUACUUACAGCUCACUGUCCAAAUAACUCACUCAUCCAGCACAAUUCUGACUCCACUCACUGGCUAAAAACAAUCUUUUUUCUCAACAGCCAAAUAAAUACUGGAUUGGUCUGCAAAUAACAUGGUCUGCAAAGAAGAAGGGUUGGGUUUACACUUGGGUUGAUGACACCCCUUAUGAAGGGUAAGUGCACCAGAGAAGGUCCUUUUGGAUGACUACAGGAUUGGAAGGAUCCAAUCCCCCCAGAAGGCAAAAGCACAUUAGCUCAGGCAGAAUUUCCACAGCCUCUCAGGAAAAGAACCAUCAGGGCCAAGAGGAUGGCAGGGUGGGUAACAAGCAGAAUUGAGGAAGUUAUGAAGGGCAAAAAGACCCCGUCAGAAAAGAAAAAAGAUCAUAAACUUUGGUAAAAGAAGCAGGCAAUGCAAAGCAAGAGAGAUGAAUUACACUGAGCACAUUUUUGAAAACAGAGGGCUGUAUCCAACUCAGCUUUGAUCAAAGCAGAGCCAUCAGAAGGAAUAAGGUAAAGGGGCCCCUGACCAUUAGGUCCAGUCGUGGCUGACUCUGGGGUUACGGCGUUCAUCUCGCUUUACUGGCCGAGGGAGCCGGCAGACAGCUUCCGGGUCAUGUGGCCAGCAUGACGAAGCCGCUUCUGGCGAACCAGAGCAGUGCACGGAAACACCGUUUACCUUCCUGCCGGAGUGGUACCUAUUGAUCUACUUGCACUUUGACGUGUUUUCGAACUGCUAAGUUGGCAGGAGCAGGGACCGAGCAAAGGGAGCUCAAACCGCCGACCUUCUGAUCGGCAAGUCCUGGGCUCUGUGGUUUAACCCACAGCGCCACCCGCGUCCCAUCAGAAGGAAUAGACCUGAGUUAAUCCUGCCAUCAAUUUCAGUGGGGUAUCAGUCUCCCUCCAGGUCCAAAACAGCCCAAGGUCAAUCUGAAGGGGAAUCCAGACAAGAUCCAAGGAGGCAAGGGAGAGGCUGCCCCAGACCCCUCAGCCAGACCCGCCAGCCAGCCCUCCUCCCCCUCCUCCUCCUGAAUCUCAUUGUGGCCCUUGCAUGACUCUGCAGGGAGGAGGAUGGGGACCAGAGGAGCCUUCGUUUCCCUUGCCUGCCUCUGGCUCCACCUGCUGUGCACAUCUCAGCAUCAUCUAGCUGUUAUCAUCCACUUUCUUUUUUUUUUUUUAAUGAUAUUUAUUGAAAAUUUUUAAAAUUACAGAAAAAAACACAGCAGAAAAAGAAAAAAGAGAAAACAAAGAGAAAACAAACCACAUCAAACAAUGCAGAUUCAAAAAACAAAAAUACACCACAAACAGAUAAAAACAAAUCCAUCAUUCUCGAAUCCUCAACUUUCAUUACCUUCUUUCUUUGACCUCCUCCUCCUCCCUUUUUUUGUAUCCUAGUUAUUAAUUAUCGCAGCAAAUCCUUUCCAUAUUUCAUAAUAUUCUGUCAUUACAUUACCUUAAUCUAUUUUCAUCUUAUCUUAUAGAAAACCUUAAAACUUAAAACUUAAAUCUUAUUUUUACCAACUUCUCAUAACCAUAAUAUUCUUACCUAAUUCUUUAAACAUUUUUGCUAGAGCCAAGUAAUUUCGUUCCAACAUUUUUCUAACAUUCAUCAAUUUUAUAAAGCAAUCCUAAUAAUAAAAAAAAGAAAUAAAAACAAUCUAAUCUUCAUCCAGCGUCCUUUCCUCCUGGUCCCGGGUUUUGUCAGUCCUUUUUAUCCCAUUGAUCUAGCGCAUUAACCUGGUAACCUUAUAUCCGAGGCCCUUAAGUCUCUUCCAUGUCCCUUCCACGGCUCUUCUUCAUAUUUUCCUUUCACUCGUGGGAACUCCAGCUUGGUAAUGUUUUUGACCCUUUUCAACAAAUCAGCCCCUUUUCCAAAGACCAGACUAAACUCCAUGUGGUAUUUGAAAACAUGUUUCAGAAUCCCUCCAAAAUUAAGAGCCCCCACAGCCCCAAACAUCUCACGGCCCAUUGCCAGACUUGGAAAGUCCAAACAUCCCUGCAUAGGGGGGUCUAUCCAACCCCCUAUUUCCAAACCAAACCAAACUUUAUCUUUCCAAAUCUGGCUUUUUCCAAGUUCAUUUGUCAAGUCCAAAAGCUCAUGUUCCUGCUGGGCCACAGCUCCCUCCAUCUCUGGCGCCCAAAAUUCAGCAACAUCCUCUUCUCUCAUCUGUUCUGUCAGGGCACACUCCUGGUUUAAUUCCUGGGUGGGCUCCAUAUAGUUUCCCACUGCCUGUUCAAAAAUUCUGACCGCAUUAGUCAUCAAAUCCGUCUUCUCAUUUAACUGUUCCAGUAGGGCAUUUGUUUUACAGAGAGCACACCACAGAGCUUCUGAAUACAUUGUCCUACAAGGUCACAAGUCUAUUCCCACGAUAGUAAUCUGUAACAGCUGCAAGCUCCCUGGAAUUAGUUGCAGUUUCACAGUCUCCCUCUAGGGGGAAAACUUCUAUUUGUUCUUUCUUUUAAGUACAAAUCUAGCAACAAAGUUUCCUUUUUGAGAUAUUUUGUCAAUAUUUGUUCCUUUAAAAUGCGAAAGGGAACAGUGGAAUCACUAUGUUUCUCUUCUUUUAGCUAUCUGUCAAAAACGUUUGUCUCUGGUCAAUGAGCUUCAAAUGUCAGUCCUGACACCCCGCUCCAGGAUCAGGACGGUGGAAAGUUACUUUACUUUAAGCUCACUUCUGCAGGUUUAAACAGUCCGAAAAAGAUCCCCCUUCUUCUCCUGCUUCCGAAGGGGGGUUCAACAAUUUUAAAAUGAUGAAAGUUAAUCUUUUAGAAGCUAUUUUCUGAGCUCUAGUUUACGUUGUCUUUGCUUUAUUCUGUCUACAAAGAAACGGAAGGCUGACUUCCUGUUUAGACCUUCCCGUUUCAGUGCCAAAUUGAAGUAAAUUUUUAAGUCCAAUUCCUUUCUGCUCGCAAGUCCUUAUUUAAAGUCCAAUUGUCCGAAAUUUAAGUACUCAUGGGUGAUUAUUUUAGAAGCCAAAUUGUCCCAGGAAAAAGGCAGUGCUCUCCGGCAACAGCUAUGCGGCUUCGCUCCAUGGAAAUAGCAGUUGACUCUCAGCACCGCGCCACUUCCCCCUCUUCGCUUUGGAGCCCGUUAGUGGGUUCCUUUGCGGGUUGGGGGGGCGCUAAGGGUGCCCGCCGAGUCCCAUGGUCACAGGCUUCAUCCGCCUGUGAUUUUUGAAAGGGUCCCCGCUUCGCCGUAGCGGAAAAGACCCGUUUCGCACGGAGCUAGUCCCUCCAGAUCAGAGGGAGUCCGCCAUUGCCGAUGGCGCCACCCCGGAAGUCUCUGUUAUCAUCCACUUUCCUCCCCGUUUGAACUGGAACAGAGAAGUCCCCACCCACAAAUAUUUCAAUCUGUAUACAAGGAGCCCUUUCCCUGUUUAGACCAGGAGGCGUCCCCUUCUGUGUUUCUCCCUGCCUUCUAAUUUUGGGAUUCUGUGAUGCCAAAAGCUGAACAUGCCCCUUGUGUUUUUAAAGUCUUUCCCAGCGCAGGAAAUGCACAGUAACUCCCAGCCAAGCAACUGUAAAUUCUCAGCACAGACUUUUCAGAUUGUGGCACGAUAUCUGCCGUAGAAAUUCCAGACCUGUUCCAUGGGAUUCUGCCUGAUCCCCAAGUUCCCUGGUCUGUGGGGUGUCGGGUUUGUCCUCUGAAGACCCCCUGUCCAGAACUGGGUCUGAGCUGGGCAGGAGGAGGACAGAGGCAGCGUCCCCUCUGAAUCCCAGGGGCCAGGGAGCCUGAGCAGGGAGAGGCUGCCCUCAAGUCCUGCCUGGGGGCUUCCCAAGAGGUGCCUGCCUGGCCACUCUGAGAACAGCAGGCGGACUUAGAUCGGGCUUAGAUCCAGCAAGGCAUUUGGUGGGUGUUUGUGUUGGGGGGGGGUUGCUCUCCAGCAGACAUCAUACACCCCUGUGAUAGUAAUUUUGAGGUCUUAGAUAUAUGUUAAAUGUUCAUAAAUGUACCAAGCAAACACGUACAUAAAUAUAUAAACCACAUGUCUGAAAACCCCACAGAAAAAGUCCUGAACAAAUUGACCUCAAUUAUUUAUCUGCAAGGUCAAAGUGGGAAACCUCCUCAUUGUCUCUUUCCUCACAAAUCCUGUCUUAAGGGCACAUUUAGAUAUGAAGGUUGCAACAAAUCAAUAAAGAUCAGGCUUACUAGCUGCUUUGCUUCUCAAUAUGCUCUGGUUGGCCUCUGUUAUUUUCUCCAAAUGAUGGAGAACCUACGUAAGGACUCUAUAUGCGCUCUUGGAUACGCCAUAAGGGGGAAAGGGCAGAUUUUGUUUACAACAGUGGGAAGCCCAUUGUGCAGUGAGCAAGAACUAGGGUGGAUUUUGUCCCUUGAGUUCUUUCAUAAAUUGCUUUUUGAACCUUUCAGAAGUAAAAGACUUAGUCAGAGACAGGAUUAUCAGUUUGGAACACUGAAGAGUGGAAUCAUCUCAGUGGAUAAGGAAGGAACGCCACAUCCGUACAUUUGUGAGACGGCAGCCAGCCCUGAGCAACCAUUUCCUGGUUGAGAGGUAAGAGAUGAAUUAGGGGAGGCAGAGUUGCUCCAGCCCCUCGGUCAUUUUGGCUGCUGUUUUCUGAACCUUUUCCACCUCAGCAAUAUCCGUUUUCAGGUGUGGCAACUACAACUGCGUUCCACAUUCAGUCACUGCACCAGAUUUGUAUCAUGGCAGUUUCAUGACAUUAGCAGUUUCGUUUUCAAUUCCUUUCCUAAUGACCCCCGGCAGAGAUUUUGCCUUUUUCGCGGCCACAGCACACUGGGUCUGCAUCUUCAACAAGCUCUCUGCUGUGACCCCAAGGUCUCGCUCCUGGUCCAUCGCUUCCAGUUCAGACAACCACCAGCUUGUACAUGAAAUCAAAAUUUUCUGCCUCAAAGUGCAUCACUUGACCCUGACUGGCACUGAACGGCGUUCGCCAUUUCCCCUCCCAUUCGCGCAGUUUGGACAGGUCUCCUUGCCGCUCUUCACAGCUCUUUCAACAACCUGAACAGCUUCCUGUCAUUAGCAGACUUGGUCACCUCACUGCCAGCUUUGGAUCAGCUAUGAACAAGCUAGAAACCACAGGUCCCAAUCCCCGAUCCUUGGGGGGCUUCUUUCUAAUUUUUACCAUUUGCAUUUAUUCCUACUCUUUGGUUCCUGCAACUCAGGGCCCCCCCACACUUCCCAUCAGAUGUCAAGGAAAUAAAGAACUGAGAGACCUGGUCUGAAUAGACACAUUGGAUUCUUAUCUCGUUAAACAUGAUAUAGCUGUUUUUGGCCAUCUCACCGCUUGCUUUUUCCUGUAAGACCAGUGGUCAAGAAGUUUACCAUGCCCAUUGAGUCAAUCACCCAUCUCCCACUACACUUCCGAGUAAUAUCCCUCCCCACCCUCUCACUCUAUAUAAGGGUCUGGUGACUUCUGUUUCAGUGUAUCUGAAGAAGUGUGCAUGCACACAAAAGCUCAUACCAAGAACAAACUUAGUUGGUCUCUAAGGCGCUACUGGGAGGAAUUUUUUUAUUUUGUUUUGACUUUUAGAAGAUAUCUAAAGGAAGCCCUGUUCAGAGAAGUUUUUAAUAUUUGAAGUUUUAUUCUGUUUUUAGUGUUCUGUUGGGAGCCGCCCAGAGUGGCUGGGGAAACCCAGCCAGAUGGGCAGAGUAUAAAUAAUAAAAUGAUGAUGAUGGUAAUGAUGUUUGUCCCACAAUAUUCAAGUCACGGGUCCAGAGGGUGGGGAUUUUUGCUUCUUUUCCUCCUGCUGCUUUUUCUGGGAAAACCCGCUCUUUACUGCUGAACGGGAACAAACGUCAAGCCACAGAAAACCCAUUUUGUUCUUCUCAUUAAUGUAUUUCUAAUAUUGUGUUGGGGUCCGUUGUUGUUUGUUUAGUUAGCCACCCAGGAAAUCUUCCUCAAGGGCAUCCAUUUAAUGCUUGGAAUUUGCAGAGGCCACUGCAGGUCCUAG